AUGUCUCAUCCCACUGCCGUUUACUUCUAUCUUCUCCGUCCAUCAUUCGGUAUUUUCCUUUUUCUGUUUCCUCCCCUUUCUCUCUCAUCCACGCCAUGAAAAGCCCUGUUUCUCACUGUGUCCUUUUGUUUCUUUUCUCCAGAGGGAGAUCCACGCAUCUCAGUAUUCAGUCGGCAUCGACAGAGCCGCCGUUGCGCCGCCGCCGCCGCCGCUGCGGCCAACUGCAAGAACGAUGACUCCUGCAGCGCCGGCUCCGCGGUACCCUACUAUUCCAGCAUUGUUGCCGACGAUUUACGCCCAUCAUGUAGGCCGACGGAGGAGGAGGAGGAACAGCCGCAGCACCAACCGCAUCGCCCGACCAGCCCGUUAUACCAGGAGGAACCGCUACUCAACCAACAGGGCGUCGUUAGCCGGGUUAGUUGUCCCCCCCCCCUACCCGUCUUUGUCUCCCUAAUCGUCCGUGUUCUGGUCGUAUGUCUUUGCUCCUUUCUGCCUUACGCGUAUAGGCACCACUUGCGAAUGCUCAAAUGCGACAGCAGUCCUCCAGGUCGGCCUAUGACGUCUACAGUGUACCAAAUGCCGUCGCAUUGAACGACCACUCGCCUAGUGGACAACUUUC